AUGGGGCUGGAGCAGAGGCUUUUCGAAUACGAGUCGGGGAUCCUGGCGUUCCUCAGCUGGAGCCACCCCGACACCCCGAUUACCGAUCCCUGGCGCACUGGCGUCUUCGGGCGUCAGCGCAAUGUUCUUCAUGCGAGGUAUCUCUACCUCCACCUUCUGCUCUACCGGCCGAUAUUCACCCAGCUUUUCUCGGACGGUCUGCACGCACGGAACCCGACAAAUCCGACCGAACGCCAUUCCAACGCCCUUCCACACAGCUCACUCUACUUCUCCAUGCUGUCGAAAUGCGCCGCGGCAUGUGUACGCGCCGCCAUCGAUCUCGUGUCUCUUGUAUACGAUACGUACCAAUCAUCUACCACGGACGCAUGGUGGUACAACGGAUUCUACACGUCAACGGCCGGGAUGGUGCUCAUCAUGUCGUACACGUGCCACCCCAUCUUCGCGGAACUCGACCGGGCGGCGAUCGACCAGACAUGGGCCAAAUGCGAGCAGACCCUGCAACACAUGAGCCCGUUCAGUGUCUCUGCGCGGAACACGCUCCGGUUCCUCCAGACGGCGCACAGUCGGGUCCGUUCCAGCGUGUCGGCGCCGGGACCCGACCGCGGACAUGUAGAUUAUUCUCACGCCAAACGUAGCGAGCUUCCCAGCGAGGCGGUGCUCUCCCCGCAGCAGCCAACAAUCCCUUGUUUCUGGGACGGUUCCGUCGGUGCGAACCUGACCUCGGACGACGUGGGUUUCUUGGGCCCGUUGGACUUUGAUGAUCUCCCGCUCUGGGUUCCGGGGGGGUAG